AUGAGAAGAUUGGGAUGGUCUACGAGGCUGCUCGAUAAUGCCUUGAUGGAAGUAAGUGAGGAGGAGGGACACUCACGAAGAAGUAUGCCUAUUUCGAGUCGAGCGGGUGUCUAUGCUGAGGUAAAUCAGCAAAAACCUCGAGAAUAUUGGGAUUAUGAAUUUCAUAUGAUAGAAUGGGGCGAUAUUAAUGAAUAUGAGUUGGUAAGAAAAUUAGGACGAGGAAAGUAUAGUGAAGUUUUCGAAGGUGCUAGAGCGCCCUAUGGAGAAAAGUGUGUUAUUAAAAUUCUCAAGCCUGUCAAAAAAAAGAAAAUAAAACGUGAAAUCAAAAUUUUGGAGAAUCUUAGAGGUGGUACGAACAUCAUUACAUUACUAGAUGUUGUAAAGGAUCCUAUUUCAAGAACUCCAGCUUUGGUGUUUGAAUAUGUCAAUAAUACUGACUUCAAGCAGCUUUAUCAAACGUUGACCGAUUAUGAUAUCCGUUAUUAUUUAUAUGAAUUACUAAAAGCUCUGGAUUAUUGUCACUCUCAAGGUAUAAUGCAUCGCGAUGUGAAACCACAUAACGUGAUGAUCGAUCAUGAAAAACGCACGCUACGUCUUAUUGAUUGGGGACUUGCUGAAUUCUACCAUCCACGUCAGGAGUACAAUGUGCGAGUUGCGUCUCGAUAUUUUAAAGGUCCCGAACUAUUAGUUGAUUAUCAGGUAAACCAAGCACCUCUGUGCUAUGACUAUUCAUUGGACAUGUGGAGUUUGGGCUGCAUGCUCGCAAGUAUGAUAUUUAGGAAAGAACCGUUCUUCCAUGGUCAUGAUAACUAUGAUCAGCUCGUUCGCAUAGCAAGAGUGCUAGGUACUGAAGAGUUGUUCGAAUAUAUAGACAAAUAUCAGAUCGAAUUAGAUCCUCGGUUCAAUGAGAUUUUGGGACGGCAUUCCAAAAAACGCUGGGAACGCUUUGUGCAUAGCGAGAAUCAACAUUUGGUUUCAGCAGAAGCUGUAGAUUUUUUGGAUAAACUGCUUCGUUAUGAUCACCAAGAACGACUCAUUGCGAAAGAAGCUAUGCAGCAUCCCUAUUUCUAUCCAGUUGUUGGAAAUGAACGAAACAAACAAGAGAUUACUUCAUCAGCUUCCAAUACUGCGACGUCUGGAAGUUUGAAUCCACCGAUUUCAACACCGCUUAUAAAUAAUAAUGGAACAGUGUCUUCUGCUCCUGGUACAGCACAGUUGACACAAUCUUAA